GACUCCCCGCAAUUGUACCCACUAUCUAUCCAUAUCCCUGCAAUUUCGUGUGGCUGGUAGCCUGUGGUAGGUAAUUCGGUGGCAACUAAAAUAUUUGGGUCUAAACCGUUAACCAAACAUAGAAACCAUAUUUAUCCAUUUCAACUUCUUAUCACCCAUUUGCAUCAUUGCGACAGCCUCUCAUCAAUUAAGUCGCCGCAAUGUUGCAACUAAAGAAAUCUUAUCACCCCGCGCUGCUGAAGAAUCAGCGGCGUGUUUACGAGGAGGAGCAGAAAGCCUUGGAAGAGCGCAAGAAGACCGAGUCUCGUAUCCAGGAAAUCAAGGAAGAACGUGCCAAGGAAGAGCUUCAAAAGCAACUUGCCAUCUCCGGAGGCCGCAAAGUCGUCGAUCGUGUCGAAUGGAUGUACCAAGGUCCCAGCGAUGGCCAAACUGGCACUACUGAAGAGCUCGAGGGCUAUUUACUGGGAAAGCGACGCAUCGAUAAUAUUUUGACCAAAGGACCCGAACAAGAUAAUCUCAAGAAGUCAGCAGGGCAAGAGAGUUUUAUGGCCUUACAAAAUGCGAAUACCGAGAGAGAUACAGCAAUGAAGAUUCGAGAAGACCCUCUUUUAGCCAUCAAGAAGCAAGAACAAGCCGCUUACGAAGCGAUGAUGAACGACCCCAUUAAGAGAAGACAACUUCUUGCAUCGAUGGGUCAAGAAGACGAAAAGCCUUCCCGCAAGAAGGAAGACAGACACUCCAAGCGACACAGGCAUAGGUCUCAUUCAAGAGAACAUCGCCACCGCCGACACCGUCGAACCGACUCUAGGGAGAGGAACGAUUCGAGAGAACACCGACACAGACACCGUCGAUCUGAUUCAAGAGAGAGGUCUGAGAGCAGAGAGCGAUACAGUUCUAGAAAGGAGCAUCGUACCGACCGUUACGACCGAAAGCGAUCGGUCUCUAGAAAUGAUCCUAGGGACAAUGAUAGACCACGUAGAGGUCGAUCCCGAAGCCCACGUCGCGGCGAUACAAGAGAUGACGGAUAUCGACAACGCCGCGAUUACUCCAAUGAACCUCCACGAGGGCGGCGACGUUACCCUGACGAUAAAGACGACAGACGAGAUUAUCGCGAUCGACGCCCAUACAAGGAUAGACCCAGUAACGGUCGCGACAACAAGGCUAGUGGUGCUGGUGGUGCUGGUGGUUCCACAGAAGCUGCCGCAGAAGAACGAGCACGAAAACUCGCAGCCAUGCAAGAGGCGGCAUCCGAGCUUGAUCAAGACCGGGAGAAGCGAUUAGCCGAGAUAACUGAAAGGGAACGUUCGGAACGAGAGGCAGACGACAAAGCUCGAGAGCGUUCGGGCAAAUACGGUGAUGGAGAAUUCGUCAAUAGUUUAAGGAGGAAAGUCAUUGGUUGAAGGUGUACGGAAUUAUUGACAAGAGGAAUUAUCCCGAAGUACUCCUUCAAUCGCGAAUUGGCGCUCUAGGAACUCUUGGGGGGCUAUGGUCCAUCGAUGGCCAAUAGUGACUUAAAUGAAAUCACCCUCAAUCGCACAUGGAACUGGGACAUGGGGAUCUAUCGUUGAUGAUUACAAUUACGUCGAUGAUAGGCGGGCAAGGACUGGGAAUUUCACCUUUUGAAGCUGCUCCGGAGUUAUGUCAUAGGCAUCCAGUCACUGCAUGAAAUAGAGUGAUAGGUCACCACAAAUAAACAAGUACCC